AUGUUGCCAUGCACCGCUAUGAGUAGUGGCACUGCGGAUGAAUUAAAAGAAAGGGUCAGGUUGCUUCAACGCGAACUCGAAUUUAAGCGCAAACUACUAAAGAAAGUAGAAAGAAAACAUAUGCCAACUACGGGAAAGAUUCUUUUGGAAUCUAAUGCAUUGAACGACCAAAUUGAUAGUCAGGUUUCUCUUGAAGCUUCUACCCCGAAGGCGUCGAUUCAAGAACACACUCCACAAUCGUGCGGUUCUCUGGAAAGUUUAGAAUGCGUCGAUCUUUUGCAUUCAGACCCACUGCUAACCUGCAGCUCUCUGCAGCAUGAGACGUCGGUUGUGGUUCAUUUGUUGGCUGCCGCCCUAGAUUCACAUGAAUUGAUUUUAUUUUACAAUCCGAAGGGAUCCAAUCACUGUCCUGUUGUGUGGCGGAAGAAACUGAUUUCCGAUGUGACUACGUUCAUUCGUAUUUUAACACCACCAUCAUCUGGUUCCUGUGAAGCUGCUUUUGGUUUGGUCGUUGGUGAACUGUUCGAAAGUAGUAGCUCACAUCUUGUUACGUUGUACCAGUUCAGUUACGUUACCACAUGUUUGCCGUUCAUAGCAUCGCUGGUGGACGUUUCGACCUUACCAUUACCCAACCCGCACAAGUUAAAGAGCGAUCGUUGCAAAUCACUCCACUGUACCAUUUUCGGUUCUUUCGACAGCAAAAUUUGGAUUUCUCUAUUUUUGCCCGAGAGCUGUUGCCACGUACUACUUGAAGUGUUUGACGCCCGAUUUGUUUGGCGACUUAGUGACAUGAAAACAGUGGAUCUAGGUGGCCAUCAAAGUCUCUCGAACUGGUCCACUUCAAUUUCAGCCUGUUCCAUUGAUGGGAAGAAUUGGGCCCUAGUUGGAAUACAUUCCGACAGUGAUUCUGGCACAUGGCUCUAUCACCAGUGGCGUCCAGGUUGUUUUUCUGGGGACCGUGAAUCAGAAUUUGAGCUUUUGUUGAUGCCUAUCAAAUUGGCAACCGGGUUGCAUGUAACACGGACAGAAAAUCUGGUGUUUCGUCGCCUAAGCGCAGUUGCGUUGGAACGGGAUUCGGCUCGCACACUUUUGUCAGUCGUCGCGGAUGCUGUAUCUGAAUCAGGGACCAAACCAAUUUUACUGGUUGCUGUCGCUUCUGACAAACAGUGUUUAGUAUUAAGGGUAUCGGAUUUAACCCUUCCCCAAUAUUCUUCUCAACCAGCCAUCUGGUUGCUCCUACAAUUAAAGGACAGCAGAUUCAAGCAGACAAUAAUCGGUAUUACCCCAGCGGGGACAAUCCACUGUCACAAACUUCAGGUUUCCACUUGGUCUGUGAGUAGUUUACUAGAGCCCUGUGACACGGUUGUCUAUCCCAACACUUGUACAGUUAGCAUCGGUACUGAUUUCAAAUUCGGGGUUUUGCCCCUUGUACACUUUGACCAAGUUUAUUCGUUGCUAUCCCCCUUGCUCGUGACCUGCCUUUUCAAUGACAAGUCCCUCACAUUUUCUCUUGUUUGUAACACCUGA